CGAGAACUGUCACGUACACUUUGACGACAAGACUCUGCAGAGAGAAAGGACAAAAGAGUCCAUGGGUUCGCGCAAGAAGUCCGUCGCUGAAAAGGAAGCCGAUAGCGAGUCUGUAUGGUCUGAUGAGCCGUAUGGUUUGGAAGAGCGCGAUUUUAAGAAGAAGCAGGUUUGUGGUUAUCUUAUUCGAUGGACUCUACUAUACCUUGCGUAUCAGUCAACGGGUGUGAUCUAUGGAGAUAUCGGCACCAGUCCUCUAUAUGUUUACUCGUCGACAUUUAGCUCUGAACCCUCGAGAGAUGACCUUCUUGGUGCACUGUCGUUAAUCAUCUGGUCGUUGACUUUAAUCGUCACAGUCAAAUAUGUGUUGAUUGUCCUGGCCGCCGACGAUGAAGGAGAGGGAGGCACAUUUGCUAUAUNNAUUAUGAAAAGAGACCCUCGAACAUACCACGCCAUAAAGAUGGAACGCUACCCCAAUGCCGAGCUUCCCAAACAGAGUCGCAGUAUCAGAAACUGGCUCGAGAAUAGCAGAGUUGCACAUGCAAUCUUGAAGAUAUUGGCUGUGUUUGGCGUGAGUCUGAUCAUCGCAGACGGUAUCCUUACACCCGCACAAUCCGUGCUCGGAGCUAUCCAGGGAUUGACAGUAGUUGACCCUGACAUUGGUAGUUCAACUGUCAUCGGUGUCAGUUGUGCUAUUCUCGUCUUGCUGUUUCUCUUACAGCCCCUCGGCAUUCAGAAGCUGGCUAGUUGCUUUGCUCCGAUCGUCAUACUCUGGCUCACGUUCAAUGCAUCGUUCGGUAUCUAUAAUCUUGUUAUGCACGAUUGGACAGUCCUGAAAGCCUUCUCUCCUUACUUUGCAGGCCUCUACUUCAUGCGGCUCAGGAAGGAAGGGUGGCUGUCGCUUGGUGGCAUCUUGCUCUGCUUUACAGGUGUCGAGGCUCUAUUUGCUGAUCUCGGUGCUUUUAGCAAACGUCAACAGCNNGCCAUACAGAUCUCGUGGCUUUGUCUCACCUUCCCGUGUCUGCUUUUGGCAUAUAUCGGACAAGCAGCAUACAUUUCACGCAUCCCAUCGGCGUACUCGAACCCCUUCUUCGAGACUGUGCCUCCGGGCAUGUUCUAUCCUUCUCUGGUCCUCUCGAUUCUUGCCGCCAUUGUUGCUUCUCAAGCGCUCAUCACCAGCACUUUCCAACUCCUCAUACAACUUAUGCACUCUUCCUACUUCCCUCAGAUCAAGGCCGUAUACACUAGUACCGCCUUCCAUGGACAAGUUUAUAUCCCCCUUGCGAAUUGGCUCAUGAUGAUUGGUACUGUCAUCGUCACUGCUGUGUAUAGCAACCUUGGCCAUGCCUAUGGUGUCUGCGUCAUCCUCGUCACGUUCAUUACCACAAACCUGGUGACUCUCGUAGCCUUGAUCGUCUGGAAGAAGAACNCCUUCCUCGUCUUUGCUGUGUGGUUGCCUCUGGUCACCUUAGAUGGUCUCUACCUCUCCUCGGCUCUCACAAAAGUUCCCGAUGGUGCUUGGUUUACACUUCUUCUUGCGGUCCUCCUCGCCUCCUUCUUCAGCCUCUGGCGCUACGGCAAAGAAAAGCAAUGGACCACCGAAGCCAAGAAUCAGGCCCAGCUCUCCGAACUGGUAGCCUACUCCGCAAACAAUCUUUCUUCCUCCACCGCGACCCCUGACCCAUCUGCCAAAAAGACAUUCCACCUCUCCUGGCGACACGGAGGCGGCGACUUGACAGAAACAAAAGGCAUGGGUAUCUUCUUUGACAAGUCCGGCACCGAUAUCCACGUCCCCCAGGUCUACGAACACUUUAUCACAAAGUUUGAAGCCCAGAUGCAGGUUGUGGUGUUUUUGCACCUGCGCGCGUUGUCGGAACCUCAUGUCCACGAAGAAGAUCGCUAUACCAUUGCACGCACACCUCUGCCAAAUGUCUAUCGCAUGACCAUUCGCUACGGCUAUGUCGACAGAGUGGUAACCCCCGAUCUAGGCAAACUCGUCUACGAGCAAGUGCGCAUGGCCAUCGUACGUGGCACAGUAAUCAACAGACCCAAACCCACAGUACCCGAAACCGUUAUCCAGAGUGCACGCAACACUAUCCACGACGACGGAGAUAUGGAUCCCCAUGCCACUUCCACCAUCACCACUUUCGCCCCUGAAGUUGAAGUUAGUGAUGAGAAUCAUACUUCUGGGGCUACUGCAUUGGUUACCUCUCGUCGUUUGCGUGCCUUGGAUGAUGCGUUUAAGACGCAAACGCUGUAUUUGGUUGGCAAGCAGCAGUUGAGGGUAUAUGAAGACACAACCAUGGUGAAGAAGGCACUACUUGCGGCCUUCCUUUUCGUCAGGGAGAACACUAGAGCCAAGGUUGCACAGCUCGAUGUGCCGGUUGAGAAAUUGGUGGAGGUCGGGUUUGUUGGCGAGAUG